AUUUAGGUUUGAUUAUUAGAUUUUAGGUUAUAAAGGGGAAUUUUUAACGAGAAACAAAAUGUACAAUAAAGGGAAAGUAAGUUUAGACGUUCUAAAACCUUCUGCUGAAUCGUUUCAUUUGAGCCUUUUGCAGAAGUUCUUCUUCGUCAAUGGCUUCUUCCAUUACAAGAUUUACAAGAAGUGAAAAAAGAAACAUUUGGAACAAAAGUUUUGAGAUUGUUGUUGAUCCAGAAGAGUUACGGAUUCCAUUACCUGCUAAUUUUUGCAAUCUUUGGAGGUUUGAUCUUGAGAAGAAUGAUUGUUAUUGGAUUAGCUCUGGUGUUCAUUGUGUCGAGGUCUCAUUGCAUCUUUCGCGUUUGUGUAACUAUCUUACUUCUGGAAAAGUUGUUUCUGAAGUAUUUGGAUUUUCUCAACCAACCAGAGUUGUAUUUAGUUAUAAUUCCAAAAGUAAUGAUUUUAUGAUGAAAGUGUUAGGUAAGGUGAUUGAACAUGGUAAUAAGGAGAUAAUUAGUGUUGAUUCUGGUGAUGAUGAAUCCUUUGAUGAAAAGCAUUAUUUUGUUAAUUUAAGUGGUGUUAAAGAUAAAUCUGAUGCAAAAAAGCCACUGAUUGAUAAGGUUCCUGGAUCCAAAAGAAAUUUUAAUGAGUCAAAUUCUAUAAGAGGUAAAACUGGAGCAAAACUUGGAGAUAUUGAUCCUCUUAGUUGUAAAUUGGAUGGUGUUUUUGGGUGGAAGAUGAGGGUUACUGCUGCAGCUGCUAAUAGUGGCAAACUUCAAGUAUUGCAUUUUCCUAAAAAGGUUGUUAGAAAUGCUUUGGACAAAAAACAAAAGUCAAUCCUUGUGCAAACUAAAAGACAUGGGGAAUGGUUUAACUGCAGAAUUCUUACAGCCAAAAGGAAUAAAUUUGAGAAAUAUAUAUCUAAGGAUUGGAGGCAGAUUAUGGAGAAUAUUUCAGCCAAAGCUGGUGAUAUCAUAAUUUUCAGACUAACUAAAUCAGCCAAAAGAAUGUUGGUUCACACCAUACAUUUUUAAUCUGAUAACUAAUGUAUUGCUAUGAAGAAUGAUUAAUUCAUAAUUUUCUGAAGCCAUUGGACCAUUUCAUUAACUUUUUCAUCCUAAGAUUCUAUGGUUAUGUAAAAUAUUUAGUUAUUUCUGUUUUAUUUUAUUUCAAGUGUUUUGUG